GCUGGAGGAAGCGGAGUAGGAAGCGGCCGCGAUGUCCUUUUGUGUCCUACAAGCCGCCGGCGGCGCCGCCGAGUAGGGGACGCGGUGCGGCGGGCCGGCGCGGCCCGAGGAGACGGAGGAGGAGGGGCUGCCCGCGGCCUCCGGCUCACCCCGGUGCUCCGGGCCGCACGGCCCUCAUGCCUGCCCGUCCGCCCUGCCGGAGCCCCAGGUGACCAGCGCCAUGUCCAGCCAGGUCGUGGGCAUUGAGCCUCUCUACAUCAAAGCAGAGCCAGCCAGCCCCGACAGCCCAAAGGGCUCCUCAGAGACGGAGCCUGAGCCCCCAGUGGCCUUGGCUCCUGGUCCAGCUCCCAGCCGCUGCCUCCCAGGCCACAAGGAGGAGGAAGAUGGGGAGGGGGCUGGGCCUGGUGAGCAGGGCGGUGGGAAGCUGGUGCUCAGCUCCCUGCCCAAGCGCCUCUGCCUGGUCUGUGGGGACGUGGCGUCUGGCUACCACUAUGGCGUGGCAUCCUGUGAGGCUUGCAAAGCCUUCUUCAAGAGGACCAUCCAGGGGAGCAUCGAGUACAGCUGUCCGGCCUCCAACGAGUGCGAGAUCACCAAGCGGAGGCGCAAAGCCUGCCAGGCCUGCCGCUUCACCAAGUGCCUGCGGGUGGGCAUGCUCAAGGAGGGGGUGCGUCUGGACCGUGUCCGGGGUGGACGACAGAAGUACAAGCGGAGACCAGAAGUGGACCCACUGUCCUUCCCAGGCUCCUUCCCUGCGGGCCCUCUGCCAGUAGCAGGAGGUCCCCGGAAGACAGCCCCGGUGAAUGCACUGGUGUCCCACUUGCUGGUGGUUGAGCCUGAGAAACUGUAUGCCAUGCCUGACCCAGCGGGCCCCGAUGGACACCUGCCAGCAGUAGCCACCCUCUGUGACCUCUUUGACCGAGAGAUUGUGGUCACUAUCAGCUGGGCCAAGAGCAUCCCAGGCUUCUCGUCGCUGUCACUGUCUGACCAGAUGUCAGUACUACAGAGCGUAUGGAUGGAGGUGUUGGUGCUGGGUGUGGCCCAGCGCUCACUACCACUGCAGGAUGAACUGGCUUUCGCUGAGGACCUGGUCCUGGAUGAAGAGGGGGCACGGGCAGCUGGCCUGGGGGAGCUGGGGGCUGCCCUACUGCAGCUGGUGCGGCGACUACAGGCCCUGCGACUAGAGCGAGAAGAGUAUGUUCUGCUGAAGGCCCUGGCUCUGGCCAACUCAGACUCGGUCCACAUUGAGGAUGCCGAGGCUGUGGAGCAGCUGCGGGAGGCCCUGCACGAGGCCUUGCUGGAGUACGAAGCCGGCCGGGCGGGCCCGGGAGGGGGUGCCGAGCGACGGCGGGCGGGCAGGCUGCUGCUCACACUGCCACUCCUCCGGCAGACAGCAGGCAAAGUGCUGGCCCAUUUCUAUGGGGUGAAGCUGGAGGGCAAGGUGCCCAUGCACAAGCUGUUCUUGGAGAUGCUUGAGGCCAUGAUGGACUGAGGCAGGGGUGGGGUGCUGGCAGGGCCUGCCAGCAUGGGGUCAGCCCCAAGGGGGCAGAGCUGGGGUCUGGGCAGUGCCACAGCCUGCUGGCAGGGCCAAGGCAAUGCCAUCAGCCUCUGGGAGCAGGCCCCAAGUCCUCCCCUCCCCAAGGAGGGUGUCAGAAGCUGGGAACAUGUGUGCCCAGGUUUUGGGUACUGUGCUGCCCCUUGCAAGCCAUAACGUGCCCCCAGAGUGGAGGGGCCUUGCGGAAGCCAUAGGGGACUGCAGGGGGUGUGUGUGGGGCAGAAGCCUGAUCUCAGGGAGGGAAGGGGGUGGAGGCUAUUGUCUCCCAAUGGUGAUGCUUUUGCUGCUGCUUAAUCCGACCCCUCUCCAAAGCAGAGGGGGGCUUGGAAAGCAAAGGCCCCUGCCCCUUCGCUCCUCUCAUCAUUCGCAUUGGGCAUUACUGCCCUCCCCCCCCCUUGAAGCAAUAACUCCAAGCAGGCUCCAGCCCCUGGACCCCUGGGGUGGCCAGAGUCCCCUACUAGCCCCCACCCAGCCUCCUCGGGGGGCAGGAAGAGCACUGCCUCUAUGCCCUGCAGAGCAAUAACACUAUAUUUAUUUUUGGGUUUGGCCAGGGAGGCGCAGGGACAUGGGGCAAGCCGGGGCCCAGAGCCUUUGGCUGUAAAGAGACUCUAUUUUAAUGUAUAUUUGCUGCAAAGAGAAACCGCUUUUGGUUUUGAACCUUUAAUGAGAAAAAAAAAUAUAUAUAUACUAUGGAGCUCAA